UAAAAUUGUCGCCGAAACCUUAAAACCUGAAUACCGAGCUGUAUGCUAAUCUCUGGGUACAUAGUGACCGUAUUUUUGAUGUUAGAAACACAACAAAUAGAAAACUGCCUCCGUAGCAGGUCAGCGAACCUUUCAGCUCACUCGUGUCUGCGUCAAGUCUCCAAGCCGAACCAAGAUAGUGAAAAACUCUCAGUUUUGCCGCCUUUAUUUUUAAAAGAUGUCUCUCACAAGUUGUCUUAUCGUCUUGCUUCUGAUAUUUCAAGCAAGUUCUCCAAGCGCACAAACUUCCACGACCGUGACUCCUUCUGCAACUACGACAGCUCCUGCCACAACUACAGACGGUGUCCCUGCCACAACUACAGACGGUGUCCCUGCCACAACUACAGACGGUGUCCCUGCCACAACUACGGCCGGGAGUGCAACUGGAUCAAUCAGCCCGACCCCCGCUGCCUCGGCUACUGCUUCACCUGCCGCCACAGCCACGGUAGCACCGAUGCCAUCUUCAGCACCAGCCGACCCGAAUACCUACCUGAUGAUAAAAGCUACUAUUGGCAACUGUUCUGACUCUACUAAGCAGAGCUUAAAAGAGGCGUUUCAGACGUUGUUCCAAAACAUAAGCUACGGGCCGAAUAACGUGACUGUCAAGCUGACAGAGAAAGACGGCAAAUGUAUGAUGAACGCUACCCUUCGCUUCGGCCGUGAAAUCAAAUACCCAAUUUACAAACAAGCGUACGAUGAGCUCGUCAAAGGGGAAUUUGCGGGGGUUUCGUUUGAAAAAGCAACGCUUGAGAUAGAUGUUAAAGCCCCUGGCGCCACUGUAACAGAGUGGAAGGUUUCCAAGGCAACAUGUGAAGGCAAGUGCUGUGGUAAGGCUGCAACAGGCGCUGCCUUGGAGCAUACAAGGACUUGUACACCCAAUGAUAAGUGCACUUAUGUACCCGUCAAGAUAGAUAUGAUGGUAGAUAAGUGUGACACCACCGUGUGCAAGGAUUACUGUAGCAGCGGCACACCAGAUUGCAUCAAUAUUUCCAUCGUGCUUCUGUUCGCAAGUCUGCUGGCUAAUAAGUUCAUAUGAUGACCAAGAGCUGUUCUUGUACAAAGGAUAAUACUUCAAAAUUAGAAUCAUGUUAGACAAGAAGCAAUAGAAAUAGUAUUUGUAUCGGUUCUUUUAUUUGUUUCUACUUUAAUACUAUUUAUUAGUGUGUUGUAAUCUUACAAAAACAGGGAUCAGAAGGGAUAAAAAGGGGGCCCGAAGCAAUAGUUUCAAGAAAGGGGGGCCGGAUUCAUUGUUUUUCCGUAGAUUUCCUUAUAUUCCUUUCCUUAUAUUUCUCGGCCCACCCCCUAGAUCCGUCCCUGAAAAAUAUCAACUUUAUGUAACUUACUUGGUGGACACUUGUGUUGUACAUUAUAUAACAUGGCUUAGAACUUAGAAUGGUUACUUCUAGCUCACGCUUAUGUCAGGAGGGGAGUCAACAGGGAGCCUUAUAACCUACUGUCUAGGCAACUGUAAGGUCCUUAUGGCAGGUAAGACACCAGAUUUAAAGGCCGGCAGGUCAGAAGUUUGAACAACAUCGCGCAGAAUGGAUAUUGUUCCCCGGACAUUCUCGCCGCGAGGUAAUAAUCAGAUGCGAUGUAAACAUAACUACCAUGCUCUAGUGAGCCCGCCGCUCAAUUAAGAUUGACGGUUGCUGAUUGGCUAUUUCGGCCCCGUAAGCUGUCAAUCAACACCGCUCAGGGACUUGAACGAAACCCCAAAGCACUAACAGUUCAACAAUAGGCAUUGAAAUUGGGGGAAAUUAGAACAGAAAUUGAAAACGAAGCAAAAUAACAAUGUUGUUUACUUUUGAAAUUAAUAUGGACAAGCGUUGUUGCAAUCAAAAACAACCAUAUUGAUGUUUGAUAUCUUUUUACACACAACAAAUGGGUUUACGGUCAACUCGCCACCAGUUCUUUUGGGAGUCAGAUGGUAUACUAGAAUGCUCUAGGACCUAGGAACAAGCGCAUUUUGUUCUUUGGAGGAACCUUGACCUUCGUGAAGGGGCCGCAACGAACGCUGGGUCGCUGAGCAUAGAAACUGGCAGAAUGUGGAAUACUUUUAAUAGUGACAUUACUGGCUAAACGUUAUUGUGCAAUGUGAAAAAAUAUUUGGUUAAUUGCUAACCGUGUUCCGUGUAAUACUAUCAGGUGAUUAAAAUUCGUUCUGUCACGUGAAAUAAUCGUAUAAAUGUCUAAACGAUUGGUUAGAGAGUGUCACGUGAAACACCAUAAACUGUUGUCAUGAUCGGUUAAAGGUUGUCUUGUGCGACCUUUAUCUUGUGAGAACAUUUUUUUUUCUAAAUGGUCACGUAAUUUAAAGGCAAAGUUCUACUUAGUCUGAUUUUUUCUUUUAGUUUUGUUUAUCUUAAUCAUUGUAAGUAUCUAAUAAACGUUAGAGAACGUCAAAA